AUGAAAUGCAGCCAUCUCUGGCGGGUAGGCAUCCAGGAACUUCUGCUGAUCCAGGAUGGGGGCGUGAGAGAGGAUGUUGCGCAGCAACCUGUGGAACCAGCGAAGACCAACCUUGACGUCAGUCUGAGCCCUGUCGUCCAGCUCAAAAUUGGUCUUGGUGCCGCGGCUGUUGCAGCGGUGGUCCCGGACCUGCAGGGUGACUUGGGAGGCAGCGAGGAGCUGGGCUCUCUAGCGACAGGGGCAGCAGGGGACUCCUUCACGGGGUCGAGUAUGCUGCCGUCGACGCAAGGUCACGGAGCCGGGGCCAGCAAGUACGGUAACCCGCAUUGCGUCCACAUUGCCUACGACCCCUACACCGUCUUCAUUAACGUCGCUAAUGGCUUCAGUGAAAUUUAA